AUGAGAAUCACUCGGUUUCGCACUGUCUGGGGCAUUGAAUCAGGCCCUAACUUGAACAGUUGGGCCCAAUGGUUUCCCGAUCUUAAAAAGCAGGGCUAUAGCGGCGUCGAAGUAGACCUCGCCCUACUGGAUCCGAAUAGCGACUAUCAACGCCUAAGAGAGAUAUGCGAUGAGGUGGGCCUGGAAAUUGGCGUGUUGGUCUUCUCAUCGUGGCCGCAGUAUGCUGCUCCGCGUCCAGUUGGGCUCAAGGCCGAACAUCAUCUGCAAAGAUAUCGCGAGCAAUUGCAACUGAUCCGUCCAUUGAGACCGGCGACGAUCAAUUUCCACUCGGGAGAGGACGCCUGGGAUAUCGACGAGUCGAUCAAGUUCUAUCGAGGCACGAUCCAAGUUGACAAGGAGCUUGGCGUGUCUGGUCGUGUUUUCCAUGAGACUCAUCGCAACCGUUCACUCUUCACUCCCUAUGCCACCCAACGUAUCGUGGAAGCCGUUCCUCAGCUACGCAUCACCGCCGACUUCUCCCACUGGAUGGUCGCGUGUGAACGGCUGCUAGAUAUCGGAGAAGGUGACCGCGCCAUGAUGGAUGCUAUCAUCCCACAUGUGUCUCAUAUCCAUGCCAGGAUCGGAACGACGCAAGCCUCCCAAUGCCCGGAGCCAACUAAUCCGGCCUUCGAGCAAGAGCGACUAUGCUUUGAAAGAUUAUGGACCAAGAUCCUUCAGCAACAAGUCGAGCAGAAUGGACCCGAGGCCAGCAUUGUGUUUGUUCCGGAAUAUGGUCCAUUCCCUUACCAUCCGAUCGGAAGUGCGAAGACGCAUGGUGCCGUUGCAGACGAAGAGGCUCAGCGGUUGCAGACCUUGUUCACCGAGUUUGUGGCCAGCUUGGCUUGA